AUGGUAUACACGAAUCCAGGAGUGUCCAUUGCUGCAAAGUUCGUGACUCCAGGUCCAGCCUAUGCCCUGCCUGGUCUGGUUGGAGAGAAAGGUCAUGACCCUCGUAGUGUCCACUACAAAUAUCCCUCCUAUUCUUUUGGAGUCAGACACGGCAGGUACAAGAACACAUAUGGUCCGGGGCCAAGCUACUACCCGGAUCCAAAAGUGUACCGUGAUGGCUAUGACGGAGUCCCACAGUAUUCUCUCUACUCGCGACCAAAAGAUAUCAGAGUGUUCGCCACUCCUGGUCCCGGAGCCUACUGCAUUGAACCAGCUGCCUCGGUCGUUCGUCGUUCCAGCCCCGCCUACAGUUUUGGCAGCAGACACAGCCAUCGCCGAACAGAUAAAAUCCCAGCUGCCAACAGUUACGCUUUGCCAGGAAUGAUUGGCCCAACUGUACAAAGUGGCAAGCCCCAGGCCCCCUGCUACAGUUUUCGUUCCCGCCCUAAUGUUGCCAAAUAUAUAAGGACUCCAGGACCAGGCACCUACAGUACAACUGACCCUAGUAUAUACAAACAUCGGGCGCCGCUGUACAGUUUGACCAGCAGACACGUCAUGUCCACGGGUAGUAGCCAAAAGCCGGGACCUGGAGCUCACAUGCCUCAAACUGCCAGCAUCCAGCGAUGUAGUCCAGCAUACAGCUUUGGGAUCCGACACAGCGACCACAUGACGCCACUGAUAGUGGACGUCCCUGAUCUGGAGUGUUGUUGUCCUUGA